CAAGUAUAUAUACUUGCAUGGGGAACUAUAUUUUCCUCGAUCAAUAAUUUGACUCUGUUAUACCUUCAUUGUGAUUAAGAGAGCAUGUCUAUUUCUAGAAACUAUGAUAACCUGAAAAUUUGCUAUGAAUAAAAUCGUGAAAAUUAUAUGAUGUAAUAACUCAAUAUGGGUGAAAGGUACUUUGCAUGGGAUGAAAUUUCGGAAGGAUUAAUUCUAUUUAGUGUGGCAAAGGCAGAAGAAGAACAAGCUAAGCGACGAAGAAAGCGAAUUGCUGCUGUCCCUACAUCGGAAAUUUAUUCUCCACACGCGUAUUUGAUUUUGUGCUACCGGGAAACAUUAAAUGACAGCGAAAAGAUCAGAUUCCGGAAGAAUUAUCUGAGAAAAGUCACGCCGGAUGAGCCAGACAUCAUUAUCCUGCAGGACAUCAAGGAUCUCGUGCUCUUCCUCCUCGUGACGUCCGUCAGCCCGCAGUUCAUAAAUUUCUUUCACUUGCCGAUUGCAGACCGAUUUUUGAGAGCACUUAUCAUUUACUUCCAACGCUUCGUGCAGAUAUGGGAGGAUCUGGGACAUGAACGAGCGGCCACCAUGAGGAAGGCACCUAAUCCACUGGCGCGUGGACAUAGAUCUCGAUAUGCCGAUGAAAUGCAUACUCUACGUUGUGUCCUGGGCAGGGAGUACGCGGACUUGCUGCUGGGCUGCCAGGAUGGGUCUCGCUAUCACCACAUGAUAACCAAUUCGAAACGCACGGCCACGCAAUCUCAGGGCGAGAAAGACCUGCGAAUCUAUGAGGCAUUGAUAAGUGUGGCUCAUAGGGUCGUAUGGAUAGCAUUACAGCGAAAACAUUUCACUCUGAUCGAGCUAGAACUGCACAGGCUGCUCCGGACCGAGGCGUACAAUACCGCGCAAAGACAAAGUGGCAGUCAGCUUAUUCAGGAUAUGCUGGAGGAUGAUAUUCGUAUAUUACAUGGUCCCGAGACAACCCUGAAAACUCGAAAAUUGCUCAGAAAUUCCCCCUUACCUCACGAGCUGAUAUACGGAGAUUGCGACUAUCGUCUCCUAUCGUUAGGCGUAGCAGAUAUCGACAUACACCAUCCAAAAAUCGCUUAUCUAAGAAAUGCUCUUCUCGUCGACGAGGAAAAGCUAUCUCAAUUAGGGAUCAAAGUGGGCAUAUUGGGUCACAAUCGCUCGGAUUAUGAUAUAAUGUUAAUGCCGCACGAACCAGAGGAACCGACGGAGCCAACAGAAACUGCUUUGCUCGACAAAAAAUCGUUGGAGACGCGAAGGAGUAUCUUUGUAACUAAAAUCUUGGAACAAGAGGUCGAAAGCCUGCCCGAAAUAAUGGAGGAGUUCCCAGUGAAAGAAAUUCAGGAGGUAAACGAGAAAUAUGAUAAGAUUCGCGAAAAAUCCCGGAUAAAAUGGAUCCUUCGAGAGAUAAAACGACGUGAACGCAAAGCGACUGAUACUUACUCUAUAGCGACAACUUUAGACUGAAUGUUCAGAAUAGAAUAAAAUUCUUACAUCUAUACGACGAGAAUUUCACAAGAAAUUAAAAUGGUCUAGUCGUUUUGUCAAGCCGAUAUUAUCGUUAGGAUAUGAAUGACAAGGAUGGAUAUAAACUGAACGCUAUAACGCAAUAUAAAAAAUAUGCUUAUUAUAAUUGGUGAUGCCUAAUCAAGAGUAAUAAUGCUGAUAUUUUACAAGAAGAUACACAUAUAGAUACAUUUUCAAGCAAUGCGUUACGAUUAAAUUCGGCAUUGUCCUGUCGAUAAAUAAUUAUUGUAUACCUAAUCGCUAGCGCUAUAUACGUAAUAACAAUACAUACGACGUUAAU